ACUAGCAGACUCUAAAAUUAUUUUAAAUUAAAAGAAUCAAACCCUAACCAUCAAUAACAAUCAAUUCCAAAAUGGGUGGAGUUUUGUUCAUGCUAAUUUCUUUUCCUUUGCUCUCAUUUAAUAGAAUAUGAAAGGUAGUUUUGUAUUCUAACGAUUUAUUUAAAUACAAUACCUGCCUCUCUUGGUAGAAGAUUGAGGGCAUUCAAGAGGUGGAUGAAAUCCCGAGGAAUCUAAUGCAGCGAUUGACUUGAACUUUUGGACAACCCUGAAGAAGGGAAGCUUCUCUGAGAGCUCUUUGUGAUUUAAAGGAAGGAGAUGUAGUGGUAAAGCUACCAAAGAAAGCUUGCCUCGCAAUCAGAACAACUGGGGCAAGUGAGAUGAUUGAAUCCGCUGGUUUGGAUGGUUGUUUGGGCCUUUCUGUGGCUUUGAUGUAUGAGAGGAGCUUAGGUGAAGCCUGCUCUUGGACUGGUUACCUUCAUCUAUUACCUCAUCAAGAGUCCUUGCCCUUUCUUUGGUCUGUUGAUGAAGUGGAUUCUAUUCUACGUGGCACUGAGCUUCAUAAGGCAGACAGUUAAAGAAGAUAAAGUUCUUAUUUAUGAGGAUUGGAAAGAGAGCAUUCUCCUUCUCAUGGGUACACCUCUAAAGCUCAAUCCACAAUUUUUCAGUGUAGAAGAAUAUUUUGCUGCAAAAAGUCUUGUUGCUUCUCGAUCUUUUGAAGUAGAUGAGUACCAUGGGUUUGGGAUGGUUCCUCUGGCAGAUCUGUUUAAUCACAAAACUGGAGCUGAAGAUGUAUACUUAUGCGUCAUCAUAUUAUGGAUCUGACAACAACACUGACAAUGAUAAAGAUGAUGAUGACAGCAUCAACCAUGAAAAUAGUGGUGAUGAGGACUCAUUCACUCAAAAUUCUCUCUUAGACAAGCAAGUUUCUUCUGCAGCUUCUGCGGGUGAGAAUUUUCGAUGUGGUAGCGACACAGAAUGCUCUUCAACUUUGGGUGCCAGUCCUACAGCUUUGGAAAUGAUUAUGUUUAAGGACGUGAAAAUUGGAGCUGAGGUAUUUCAAAUGAUCCUUCUGGAAAGGGAAUUUUGUCUUCUACAUAGAGCUUUUGGCAAAGAGUUUUAAAUGGCUCAUUCUAUGUAUUUGAUCUCUCCAAGCCUCCAAAAUUUUGGGUCAAGUACUCAUUCGAGUGUUUUACCUGGAUAAUAUGGAAGGUUUACUUUGCGGUCUUUACCUGGGUUUCUCAGCAUCCAAGCUGUGCAAGAGAAUGGAGGUCCUCGAAGAUUAGUUGAUAUUAUCAGAAUUGUCACAGAAAUUUCUUGGAAUUACUUCCGGAGUCUUUCUCGACAGGCACAUUUUGGAGGGAAUUUCAUUGUUGGGUGGCUUUUAUGUGGUGCAAACAAUCUCCUUGUCAUUUGGAGCAUUAGGAGUCAACGAUGGCAUAGCUGCAGUAUUGUGAGUUCUCCUAACAGAGUAUGUUACUAGAUUUUAUUACAGCCGACCAAAGGUAACUUUUCCACUCGCUCUCCUUAACAACUUCAAGAUGGGUUUUACUUAUGUUCUUUUCAUUGAUGCUUUUAAGCUCGCUCUCCUUAACAACUUCAAGAUGGGUUUUACUUAUGUUCUUUUCAUUGAUGCUUUUAAGCUCGCUAGUUAGUUUGUAUCUGUCUUUGACCUAUCUGGGAGAUAGUCUUUGUAAAAUUGAUGAGAUAUAUUUUGUAAAGAUAGUUCCUUGUAUAUAAUUUGAUCUUUUUCUGUUCUGUUGUUUUUUCUUUA